AAAUCAUUCUUUAAAUGUAAAAUGCAGUUUUUAAUGUUUUCAAAAUUGUAUACCUAAAAUAUACAAGCUUCAAUCCAUGUUCCCCAUCGCGUGAUAGAUAACUGGUGAAGGAGGAAGAGGUAGUAAAGAGGUAGUUUUUACAUAAUUCUCUAUAUACAGGUGUUCAGAAAUUGGCGGAUAAUCUACACGUAGCGACAUUCUACGCCGACUCUGAAUCGAAAAUCUUAAUGUUAAAAUGUUGUUCUACUAUCUUGCCAAAUGCGUUUUUGAUAAUGAAAAAAUGUUAAAAACGAACUUUAAAGUAAAGAAAAUAACUAACUAGUUUUCAUAAUUAUUUUUAUUCUAAAUUACAGCUUAUUUCAAUAUCUGUUGAUAUUGAAUAUUAAUGAUUAUUAUUAAAGACGUAUGAAGCAUGGUACAACAUUUUACAAUUAAGAUUUUCGCUUUAAAAUCGAACGAAGAAUGUCGCUACGUGUAGAUUAUCCGCCUAUUUCUGAACACCCUGUAUUGACACUCGGAGCUUUUAAAAAUAUCUUUUUAAAAAAUUUAGUAAAAAUAAGAAGGCGAAAAAUUUUUGGAAAGAUACAAUAAAAGAAUGAAUUUGGCAGGUCUUACAGAUUCAGUCCGUCAACUGGAGGAUAAUUGAUAUAAAUGAUAAUUGAUCGUUACCCAGAUGCUGUCUGCUGUGUCAUUAUUUCUGAAAUAACCAGUAGCAUGCAUGUCCAGAUUGCACAACAAAUUGGUCGACUAUCUGUAGUAGUUAUAACAGAAGGAAGAGCUAUUUUAAAAAUCUCAUUGCUCAUAUCUGUCACUAUCUCUCUCUGCGUAGUAUUACAACCCGGGGUGGGUCUUCGCUGACUGUGCAGUUUGCCUCAGUUUGCUGCGGUCCAAUAUUAGUUCUUCUGGUAGUUCGAUAUUUAGGGUCCGUAGAUCAACUACAGUAUUAUCUCUCCACUUCAUCCUCGGUCUUCCUAGCAGCCGCUUGCCAUCUCGGGACACUCUCCAUACAAACUUAACGACUUGUCUUGUCUCUUCAGAUGACCGGCCAAUCUAUCUUCCUUUUUUAUUACUUUUACUAUAUCUGCUGGUUAUACAUAUAGUUCUUCUAGUUCUCUAUUAGUCCACAUUCUAUACUGCUGUGUGAUAUAGUCUUUGACUGGUCCGUGUAGCCCUCUAAGAAUUCUUCUUUCCGCGUUUUUAGUUACUAAUCUUACUCAAUAUUUCUUACCUGGCGAUCAUUAACCCUGAACAUAACUAACCUUCCCCAACCUACCUGGGAUUACGCCACAUUACUAACUUUAUCCAACAUUCUUCCCUGAAGGUCAUUAACCUUAGUAAACAUAACCGAUCCAUACCAAUACCAUAUACCUUACUGUUAUUACAGGAGUUUAAAUUUAACAUCAAACAUAUUCUAGAACAAGAUAAUGAAUUUCCGGACUACUUGUCACAAACCAAUAUCCGCGAAAAAUUACUGAAUGGACUCACUAGAUAACGAGAGGAUAUUAAUAAUUGGAUCCUUUAGUUCGUCCUAUUGAAUUCCUAGACUUCGUUGAAUAUAUGAAAACCUAAUCAGGAUUGGGAACGUACACCAAGAAAAUGGAGCAAUAUGUCCAACGGAAGAGGAUUGGUAGCACCAACCGCUUCUGGUGAGACAAUACUACAUGUCUACUAACUUACAUCGACACAUCCAUCAGUAAUAUUUUUGGGAUCGAAAAUAUUGGACCUAUGUUACUUUCAAGACAGGGCCUGUUAUGUGCUGCACGAUCCUGCUGCUUCUUAGUACUAUCUGCCAGUCGAUUUGAUGGAAACAUAUAUCUAAUUCAGCAACAAUCGAUAUGCCCUCGUCAUCACCGUCUUCGCUAAGCCUUGCAACAACGGAAGAAACCUUUUCAAAGUAUGGAUUUCUAUUUAUUCUAUAACGCCAUUCGUAAGUGGGAUCUCAAGCAAAUCUCAUCGAAAUAAGAAUAGAAGAAAAAAACAAUAUAUACGACUGCACCUCCUAUUACAGUAUGCAUUGCAACGCAAUGGGGAGGAAAUCUGCAUCGAGAACAUUCCUAACAACCAGAAAACAUAGGAGAGCGAAAUAGACAAGCCUAAAUGAGUAUCGUCAUUGUCAAUAAUCUGCAGGAGACGCGAAUUUUACACCUGGAAAAGAGAUUAAUCACAUGGGUGGCUGGCUUUGUUUGGUUAUCGAUGGAUCGAACCAUAUACCAUAAUCGAAGAUGCCGGGCCAACCACAAACUAGAGACAAACGUAAAAUUCUACCAACCAAGAUGCAUGUCACUAACCUUAAACCUGUACAGUCAUGUUCACGGGAAAUGCACACUCAAGGUCAAGCGCUGUUGUGAGAUCCGACAUGCCGCUGGCUAAACGAGCUUCGUGUGACUGUACCUUGCAGACGACAAUGUAUGAUCGAAUAAGCGCUUUGAGGAGCCUUCUCAUUUUCUUCAUAAUUCUUCUCAUAACUUGUAUGCCAUCUAGUGUGAUCUUUAAGAAUUUGCUACUUUUAUAUGAUAUAAAAAUUGUAACUGCAACUAUUUAAUUUUAUUCAGAAAGAAGUUUCAAUUUCAACAAUUUUUAGACGUUUCUAACGAAUCUCUAGAAUAUCCAGAGACGUUAACAGGUGUCAAAUACCUAGAAAGCUUCCAUAAGUUUUAGGCAAUGUCAAAUGUGGUAAAUUUGACAUUGACAUUUUUAAGUUAAAUUUUCAGUCAGUUCCAAAAGUUUUCCAAUAUAUCCAAGAAUUUUUCACAAUUUCUAAAUAUUUUUAGAGGACUUGCCAUUGUAGUCAUAAAGAUGUGUCAAGGACACCUAGGAAUCUAAAAAAUUACUACAAUUCAAAGGAUAUCUAAAGAAAUUUGAUAAUAUAUUAUCAAUGAUUGACGAUAUUAUACGAUAUAGGCAAUUCAAUUUACUCAGCUAUCAUUGACACCAUUCCUCGGGAAACCUAUCAAAGACAAUAACUAUCAAAUUUUCCAUAAAGUUAUAUCAGAGAAGUGAAACGAUUUAACUUAUAAAGAAAUAAUAUUAAAGAUUAAAUACUUAUAUUAUUUUUAUGAGAACUAUAUUUAUAGGCAACCCAAUAAUGUCAAUUUUCAUUUAAUACAACAAUUUAAACAUCAAAUAUUGAAUCAAAUCAAAAAACAAAAUUUUUUCUCUAAUAGUUACUAGUAUAUUAAUAUAUUCUCUCAUUCAAUCCAACAACUAAUUAGUACGUGAACUGAUCCAAAAUAGUAAAUUGAGGUGGAGGUGGAAAUUCUAUUUUUGCCUCCCUUUAAAUUUAGGCAUAAAUAGAUAAAUCUCCAAAUCGCGGCAGGUUGCAAAAGUUAGAGCACCGAUUUUACGAUGGCUACACCGGAACAACCGAGAAUGAGCUUUGAAAUAUUGCUUCCUCUCUCGAUUUGCUGUGCUAACCCAAGGUCCAUUGCGUAUUAAUUACACAGUAUGUUCACGCAACGGACCUUGGUGCUAACCUACAGAAUACACUUAAAAUUAUCGUCUGGCCAACUGGAAAAUUUAUUUUAGGCUGAUUUUGAAGAGCGUAGGAAUGACAUAGUUGGCCGGUACGCAGUUAGCAAUAGAGAUUUAAAAGCUGGCGAAUUAAUUUUUAGCGAAAAGCCAUUUGCUUAUGGACCCAAAAACGAUAGUCCACCGGUAUGUUUAGGUUGCUAUGCUUACAUAGACUGCACAUAUUUAUGUUCAAAAUGUUCAUGGCCAGUUUGUAACGAAACAUGUGAAAAUAUUCCGGCCCAUAAAAACGCAGAAUGCGAAGUUUUUGCAAACGCUAAGGCGAAAUUUAUGAAUGUUCAAGAUCCUUACGCACCAUGUCUUCAAUACGAAUGCAUAACUCCACUUCGAGUACUUUUAGCUAAAGAAAAACACCCGGAUAUUUGGGAUAAACAUGUUAAUUGCAUGGAAGCACACUUAAACGACCGCAAAGAAAAAGAAAUUUGGAAAUUUAACACCAUAAAUAUAGUUGGUUAUCUUCGAGGAACUUGUAAAUGCAAUCGAUUUAGUGAAGAUCUUAUUCAUCAAGUUUGUGGUCUUUUGGACGUAAAUGCUUUCGAAGCAAGAACUAUAUCUGGAAACGCUAUAAGAUGUUUAUAUCCAAAAUUAUCAACUUUUUCACAUAAUUGCGUCUCAAACGUAACUCACUCCAUAGAAAGUAAUGGGGAGGGAAACGAAGAAGAUUUUAAAGUAACAUUAAAAGCGUCUGUUUCAAUCAAUAAAGGCGAAGAACUUUGUACAAGUUACACAUACACCAUGUGGCCAACAAUGGCAAGGAGAGCAUUUUUGAAAGAAAGUAAAUAUUUCGAUUGUAACUGCCAAAGAUGUAGUGACCCAACCGAAUUAGGAACUCACAUGAGCACUUUGAAGUGUAUGAAGUGCGACAACGGGGUAAUUUUAUCAACAGCGCCCCUUUUAGAUCCUGAAUCAGAAUGGAAAUGUACCCAUUGCCAGCAUUCUUUAAAGGGAACUACGGUCCAAAAAGUUUUUAAAACAAUCCAAGAAGAAAUUGAUCAAGCUGAAGCCAUGGAACAAGAUGCUUCAGCGAUAGAAACAAAAGAAUCACUUUAUCGAAAAUACAGAUCAAUACUUCACCCAAGACAUGCCUAUUUUACAAUUUUACGUAUUUCUUUGGCACAAAUGUACGGAAAAGUUGAAGGAUACACAAUGGAUAUUCUACCAAAUAUUUUAUAUGAAAGAAAAAUUGAACUUUGUCAAAACAUUAUGGAGAAUAUUAACGUUCUUGAACCUGGAUACACAAGAUUAAGAGGUACGAUUCUUUAUGAACUUCAUGCCCCGAUUAUAAUGUUAGCAAGGAACCUUUACAACGUUGAUGUAAUUAACAAAGACGAAUUGAGAAGUAAACUUCAAGAAGCCAUAAAAUUACUGAAAGAAUCCUCUGAAAUAUUAACAUUAGAACCUGAAAAUAGUCAGGAAGGAAUGAUUGGGAAGAUGGCUAAUCAAGCUUAUAUUCAACUUUCAACAAAUUUGGAGGAUUUAAUUGAUAACAUCUAAUUUAUUUUCUUCUUUCUUUUAAAAUCGUUUAUUCGUACAUUUUUGAUGUUACACAUUUUUUUUUUUAAUUAAUCAGAUACAGUUUGAAUUGGAUGUGGAUUGAACUUCAUGUGGUUUAGUUCUAAAAUUAAAAUAAAAAACAAAAUAAAUGUAUAUUUUUGGUCAAAAUCAGAACUAAAAGUAAUAAAUGUA